AUUCGCAAAUCGCAACACCCACACUCCAGAGAGCACUAAAAACUGCCGUUUCUCAUUCCCGGCGCUUUUCUUUUCCUCGGCAAACAAACACACCUCAGGCAAUUUACUGUGCGUUCGCUUUGGGUCUCUAGGCCCCGAUUGCUUCUACCUCAAAAACCUUCCUUUAAAUCCCUACCGAACCGGGCAAUGUCUUAUACCAGCGCACACAUCCUCGUGUACCCUUUUCCUGCAUCGGGCCACAUUAUCCCCCUCCUCGACCUCACCCGCCUGUUACUCACCCGCGGCCUCACCGUCACCGUGCUCGUCUCCCCCUCCCACCUCCCUCUCCUCCAACCACUCCUCUCCUCCCACGCUUCCGUCCAGCCCCUCGUCCUCUCCUCUGCACCCGAACCCCCCUCCUCCUCCUCCCCGCAACUCAGCCUCCCCGCUAAAAUACGCGCCACCGCCGCACUCUACGACCCCAUCCUCCAGUGGUUCCGGUCCCACCCUCAUCCACCCGUCGCCAUCGUAUCCGAUUUCUUCCUUGGCUGGACCCACCGCCUCGCCACCGAUCUCGGCGUGCCACGCGUCGCCUUCUGGCCCUCGGGUGCUUUUGCCGCGUCGAUUUAUAAUUCCCUGUGGCGCGACUUGCCCAAGAACGACGAUCCGACCGACGAGAAUUUCGUAAUUUCCUUCGAGGGAGUUCCGAAUUCCCCGAAAUGCCCCUGGUGGCAAAUAACCCCGCACAUCCGUGACCCAGACGGUGAAUUCAUGAGAAAUGGGAUGUUGGCCAAUUUCCAGAGUUGGGGCGCCGUGUUCAACUCGUUCACCGAGUUGGAACGGGUUUACAUCGACCACGUGAAGAAAGUAAUGGGGCAUAAAAAGGUUUGGGCCGUGGGGCCUUUACUGCCUCCUACCGACGACCAAAUGGGCCCCGCUAACCGCGGUGGGUCCAGCGCAGUGCCAGCUCAUGAGGUGAUGACGUGGCUCGACGGGAAGCGAGACGAAUCUGUUGUUUACGUGUGCUUUGGGAGUCGUGUCGAGCUGACAAGUAAGCAAACGGAGGCGCUCGCGGCCGCACUUGAGCGCAGCGAGGUUCAUUUCAUCUGGUGCGUGCAGGAACACGUGGCAGGCAGAGGUGACUCGAUACCAGAGGGGUUUGGAAAGCGCGUGGGGGAGAGGGGAUUUAUCGUAAGGGGGUGGGCCCCGCAGGUGGCGAUACUGAGUCACCGGGCAGUGGGAGUGUUUGUAACUCACUGCGGGUGGAAUUCGGUGUUAGAGGGAGUGGCGGCGGGGGUUCUGAUGCUCACAUGGCCGUUGGGUUCUGACCAAUUCCUCGACGCCAAUUUGCUGGUUGACCAGCUGGGCUUGGCGGUACGCGCCUGUGAGGGAGGAGUUAAAAAUGUUCCUGAUUUGGGUGAGUUGACUCGGUUGCUGGCCGAGUCAGUUAGCGGGAAGCGACUUGAGAGAACCCGAGUUAAGGACAUGCGCAAGGCGGCGUGGAAUGCUGUUAAGGGAGGAAGCUCGACUAGAGAUUUGAACGAGUUGGUCGAGAAACUCAGUGAGCUUAGUAAAAAAUAAAUGAUGUGCGCGUUACUCUCAAAAUGGUGAACCAAGCGGAGUGAUAAUCUUUUAAAAUGGUAUUCGCUUCCACUCUCAAUCAUCAGUUUGUAUUCGUGUUCUCAAUUCUUACACCCAUAAAUUUUAGUUAAUUGAGAGAUUUUUAAAA